AGAAGAAGAUGAUGAUGCUGUUGAAGAAAAAGAAGAAUAUGGUGGUGUCUUUGCUUUAAAAACCGAAAUACCUUCACCUCUUUUAGCCAAUAAAGAAUCCUUUGGAAAAUAUUAUCAAGACAUGAACAAAGAUAACAAAUUAAUGAUGACUCCUGUACCAGAAGUAGAUGAAGAAGAGCAACUCGUUGAUAAAGAUGAGCAACAAGAAACUGACGUUUUAGCAGUAGUAGAAGUAGAAGAAGAAGAAGAAGAAAACGACGAAAAUAAAACACCUAGUUAUGUAUUAUUGCCUACACCAGAAAACAAGUUAUGUUCGCUUUCUGAGGCAUCCUUAUCUGCACCUAGUUUAACUAGUGGUAGAACUUCGCCCUCCUCAUCAUCAUCGCAUCAUUCUUUUUCACAUGACGAGGAACUCUAUUAUGAUCAGCAAGAAGACAAAUAUGAUACUAUUAACAACAUUAGUUCUUUUUACCUUGCUGAUACUACACCAUUACCCACGCAAACAAAGGAGGAGGAGAAGGAGAAGGAAAAAGAGAAAGAAGAAGAAGACGUGGAUGAAACAGAUCAAAGAUAUGAUGUACAACAGUCUAGCGAAAUAAAUCGAAAUUCCUUAAUAUCUGAUGUUCAAAAAUUAUCGGAAUUAAACAAAGCCCUGAUGACACCACAGGUCCCUCAUCCUCAUCUACCAACCAUAAUACAACAGCAGCAGCAGCAGCAGCAAUAUCUAACACCCAUAACAUCCUAUCAACCUUCUAUCACAUCCUAUCAAAUGAAUGAAUAUGCAAAUGUCAACCGAAGUUCAUUUGAAUCCAUUACUUCAUUUAGUUUAACAAAUAAUAAAGAUUCAAUCAAGACCUAUCGUCGAAUGGCAAGCAAGACAAUGGAUUACAAUGUACAAUAUUCAUAUGCCAAAUAUCUUAUGAGACUUGUUUCGUUCUAUGCUUCUAAUUCAAAUAAUGUAGCUACGAUUGAGACUCGUAUCCGUUUACAAGAAGAAGCAGAGUACUGGAUCGAAAGAUUAGCAAAGAUGAACUAUGCACCCGCCCUUUAUACGAAGGGACAAUGGCAUCGCCACUGUUGUAGCUCCAAGACGGCUGCUGUCUUUGUUGGCUCCCAAUACAAAAAGGUGAGUCAUACCAAGGCCUUCAAAUGUUUUCAACAGGCUGCAAAGUAUGGCUCUAUCGAAGCUCAUUAUGAAUUAGCUGAAUAUUACAUGGUUCGAAAAGAUUAUAAGAAAUCAAUUACAUGUUAUCAAUAUGCAGCAUCCAAGAAUCAUAUCUUAUCUCUUUAUAAAUUAGCUAAUAUUUCAAUGCGUGGUUUACUUGAUCAACCAAAGAAUAUAAAACAAGGUUUAAUAUAUCUUCGACACGCUGCAGAUGCUAAUCAACCUGAAUGCGCACGAUCAGCAUAUGACUAUGCCUGUAUCCUUUUAUCUGAUUUAGAAAGCAUUGGCUUAGAUAGAGAUCCAUCCGUUUUUUCCAUUUAUAUCACUCCAGACUCUGUUGCAGCUAUAUAUUAUCUUAAGAAAGCAGAUAAAUUUGGAUUAUCAAAUGCCACCUAUCGAUUAGGAUGCAUGAGUCUAGCUGAACAGAGUAUACAUAGCAAAUGGGAAGCAUUCAAGUAUUUUUCUAGAGCAGCUGAGCAAAAACAUGAUGGUGCCAUGAUUGAACUAUCAAAACUCUAUAAGGAAGGUAUAUCAGGCUAUUUAAAUCCUCAUCCUAUGUUAGCAUAUGAAUGGUGUCUUCGAGUAGCAGAAAAAGGAAAUGAAAUGGCGGAAUAUAUGAUAGGAAUGUAUUAUGAUAAAGGUAUAGGUAUUUAUCCGGAUCAUCAAAAGGCACGCGAAUGGUAUAGCAAGUCGGCAGCAAAAGGCUAUAGACCAGCAGAAGAAAUUUUGGGUAUUCAGUCCUCUUCCUCUAAUAAUAAAUCAACGAAAAACCAAAGACAUUAUUACGAAGAAAGUAUUCGACUUGAAGAGAAUUCAAGACAAGUGACAUUUGCAGAACAAAAUUGUCAAAUUAUGUAAAACCUAUUAUUUCUAUUUAUUAUCUUUAUUUAUACUUUGUUAAUAUUUAUUAUUUUAUAUAUUUAUAUACAUGCAUAUUUUAUUAAUCAAUCUUGUACACAAUAUACAUACAAUAUACAAAUAUACAUAUACAUAUACAUAUUUAUAUACAUGUCUGUAUUAUAUAAACGGAUUACAUAAUAUACAAGCCACC